AUGGGCAAAAAGGAUAAAAAUAAGAAAAAGGGUAAAGGAGCUGAAAAGACUGCCAUGAAGACGGAUAAGAAGUUGGCAGCUAAGCAAAAGAAAAUGCUUGAAAAGUUGGGCGAGGCGGAUAUUGCCGAGUUAGUAGCCAAGUUGGAAGCAGAAGAAGCCAGACUGAAGACUGUUACUGAAGAAGUUUGCGCCACACCGCCUAGCCCCAGAUCAAGCUUCUCAUUAGUGACACAUCCAGAAAAAGAAGAGCUCAUACUGUUCGGUGGUGAAUUUUUCAAUGGCCAAAGGGUGUGUGUAUACAAUGACCUGUUUUUCUAUAAUAUUAGUAAAAACGAAUGGAAGCUUGUAAAAUCCCCUGGAGGACCAGCUCCUAGAAGCGGCCAUCAAAUGGUCACUGUUGCCACAGAUGGAGGACAAAUAUGGCUUUUUGGUGGUGAACAUGCUAGUCCUUCGCAAAUGCAAUUCUAUCACUACAAAGACUUGUGGAUGAUGAGUCUUAAGACGCGAAAAUGGGAAAAAAUCAAUACACCAAAUGGACCAAGUGCUCGCAGUGGCCACCGUAUGGUUGUUGCCAAAAAGAAACUUUUUGUAUUUGGCGGCUUCCAUGACAAUAACCAGUCAUAUCGUUAUUUUAAUGACAUUCAUAUAUUCUCAUUAGAAUCUUAUACUUGGAUGCAAGUAGAAAUUGGGGGUGCAGUAGUUCCCCCGCCAAGAUCGGCUUGUUGCAUGGCUGCAACACCUGAGGGAAAAAUUGUUGUUUGGGGAGGCUACUCCAAAUCGCAAAUGAAGAAAGAUGUUGACCGUGGUAUAACGCAUACGGAUAUGUAUAUAUUAACACCAGACAAGAAUGCACUCGACUCGAACAAAUUCAAGUGGGUUAGCAAUAAAUGUGGUGGCUACAAACCCUUGCCACGUAGCAGUGUCGGCUGUUGCACAGCCCCCAAUGGAAAAGCUUAUUGCUUUGGUGGUGUCAUGGACAUAGAUGAGGACGAAGAAGAUGUAAAAGGACAAUUUGGCGAUGAAUUGCUGGCACUCGACCUAACAGCAAUGUCAUGGCGUCUGAUUGAAAUUAUUAAGAAAACUAAACCAGUAAAGAAGGAAACGAAACAGGGGGUAUCUGACAUUGAAAUGAAGGAGGAAGAGGGAACAAAACCACAAACCACGGUUACUAGUGAUGGCAUUUUUACAAUUACCGUGGCAGGUCCCACAACAUCACAACCAACCGCCGCUCUUCCAAAAGUACCCAGUCUUUUCCCCAACAGAAGACCGAAAAAUGUACCUUCGCCUAGAAUGAAUCCUGGUCUAUGUGUUUGCAAAGGUACUUUGUACAUAUACGGUGGCUUAUACGAAGAGGAUAACAAGCAGUAUACUUUCAAUGACUUCUAUGCUUUGGACUUGCACAAAUUGGAUGAAUGGAAGGCAAUUAUUCCAAAUGAUAUGAAUGCUCAUGACUGGAUAGACAGUGAUAGCAGUGACUCGGACGAAAGCGAUGAUGAUGAUGAAGACGACGAUGAUGACGAAGAUGAGGAUGAUUCAGAAAUGGACACCGAUUAG